AGCAGGAUAAAAAUAAAAUAAAUCAGUUCCACCGUCGGCGAGGAGGAAAAGGAAAACGCGGCGAAACGUCCUUCUCCCCUUCCACCAUCAGUCUGUCUCUCCCUUCCCCCUUUCUUCGCCCCACGCCUCCUCCCUGAGCCUUAUUUCUCCCUCUCCCAAUUUAUUCAUCACACAAAUUUAUAAUUCCAUUCCCCAUCUCGCCUACUGCUAAUUCUCGAGAUCUAAACCACCCCCAAACCACCAUGACCUCCUCGGCUCCUCCCGUCCUCCCCAUCUCCACCACCCAUCCCACCGAUUCUCAGCCACCCGUCCCCACCCCCGCCUUCCGUGUUUUCAUCACCCACAUUUCCGAAUCCCUCAAGAACGGCCUCUCCCAGCGCCGUCCUUGGGCCGAACUCGCUGACCGCUCCGCCUUUUCCAAACCAGAGUCGUUCGCUGAGGCCACACUUCGUGUCCGCAGGAAUUAUUCGUAUUUCCGCGUCAACUAUUUGGCAAUCGUUGGUGUGAUCCUUGCCUUUUCGCUGCUUUCGCAUCCGAUUUCCCUGCUGCUUCUGCUGUGUCUUCUGGCUUCUUGGCUCUUCCUCUACCUCUUCCGCCCGUCUGAUCAGCCACUCGUUCUCUUCGGCCGCACCUUCUCCGACCGCGAGACGCUUGGCAUCCUCAUCAUUUUCAGCGUCUUCGUUGUCUUCCUCACCAGCGUCGGGAGUCUCCUCAUCUCCGCUCUCUUGGUAGGAGUUGGUCUCGUCUGCGCUCACGGUGCCUUCAGGGUCCCCGAAGAUCUCUUCCUGGACGAGCAACAACCAGCAGCGGCCACCGGUUUCUUGUCCUUCCUUGGAGGUACCGCAUCCAACGUCGCUGCUGCCGCCGCUCCUGUUCUUGCCGCCCGCGUUUGAAUGUGAUCGAGAGAUCCGGGAUCGAAGGUAGUUCCCACUUCCCUGGGAUAAUACAUUGUCGAAUUAAUUGAUUACAGUUUUAGAUUUUCGUUAGACAAUAAAUUUCCUCCUUGGAAUUUUUGGAAAUAUUACAGAAUGCAAAAUUAUUUUGAUAUUGAUUCUUUCAUUGAUGUUUGGGUAGAAUUACCAUGGAUCUAAGGAUGUACUCUUCUCUUAUAUCAUACAAUUUGUAAUUUAAUAUGUUAACACAGACCAUCAGUGUAAAGUCUACUCUUUCCAUUUUCUUCAUUUUAUUUUGAUGAAUUUGGCAUCUUGUAAUUACUUAUGCUUGAAAAUGUAUCAAAAUUUCAGUUUUCAUACGGGACUAUAGUUUUGGAUCUGUUUAUUAGAUAUAUGUGGACGUUGUUUAUGAUUUAUUGCCCUUUUUAGAGCUUACAAACAAAAUGGUUUCGUGUAUUUCUUAGUAUCAUUGAUUUUAAUUUAUUCAUUUACAUUGUUGGAGUUGGGUUCUUGGUUUGAUGUAGUAUCUGCAAUGCGGCUAUUUUAGUUCAUAUGUUUCAGUACGUGAUUGGGUUUGAAUUUUGUUCAUGUAAAUCCAUCAUGGACCAUGAGUUGUCUAAUAGAUAUCUGUUUUCUUC